CGUGAUCCUAACCCUAGAUAGAUAUUUCCGUCAUUUAAGCACCCUAAGGCAUACAAGUAUGUUCAUUCUUGUUACAAGAAAGCAGCAUACUUGAGAGCCUACACUCCUUAUAUCCAAUCCAUGCCUAGUCAAGAAUUUUGGUCACCUACAAAUCACCAACCCGUUGCACCUCCAAAGUAUCAUAAGCAAGCUGGUAGGCCAAAGAAGCUGAGGGCAAGAGAGAAAGAUGAGCCACAACCACCAUCAACCUUAAACAAAUUGCCUAAAUGCUUCAGUAAGGUCACUUGUGGAAUGUGUGGCAAGAAAUGUCAUAAUUGUACAACAUUCGGGAAGAAGCAACGACAAGCUUCACAGGCCUAUGUAGAAGCUGGGAGAGGACAAACUUGUGGGACAAAUGAAAUUGGCCAUAACUCACCAACUACUAAAAGUGGGCAAACACAAGCAAUGCAUGCCACUGGAGGAAAUAUGGGAAGUGAAACUCCACCAAAUCAGGGACAAGAACAAUCUGCAUCUAAUGCAAGUUCUUUUGACCUAUGUCUUUGUCCCUUUCUCGUGUGUGCUUUUAUAACCCAAUGCCAUCUGUUAAUUUUUCAGGUUUUUUAUUAUUUAUUAUUUUUAUUAUUUGUAGGUUUCUAAAAGGCGUAGUGUGAAAUGAAAUGCAAAAGGCAAGUCAGUGCACAAUUCAAGAAAGCCACCUGAAAACUGUAGAAUCUGAAGGAAAUCAUUUGGAAAUUUAGACUUUUUGUUAAUGUCAAUUUUUUUUUUUUUUUGAUGAAGACAAUGUUGUGAACUUUAAGCCCUGUUUUUUAUU